AUGAAAAAGGAAGGGGAAAAGAAUGACCCCCGUCACACCCACCCACAUGGUACCGAGGUGCGCGUCACGAGGACUCCCGAAAGUCGCGACGCCUCUGCAAUUAAGACAAACAUCACUGACAUGUUUGGCUUCUUCCAGAGCACGAGUCCAGGGUGGGGCCGCGGUAUACCGCUCGCGGGUGGUGGGGCCAGCGCUCUCGCGUUCCGCUCGCGCCGGCUCAAAGAGGAGCGCUCCAAGACAGAGAAGGUGGAGCCGUUGCCCAGUGGUGACGACUCCCGCUCCACCCUGUCCCCCUACAGCUUGGAGCACGUACAUCUCUCCGUGGAGGACGAGGUGGAGCCACAGCCCGUUGCGGCAGGGCCCUCGACGUUUUCAUUCAGCACGGUGGGUGGGAUCUCCAUGUUCAUGCAGCCCGAGUAUCCAGAAGGUGACAACGUGAUGUCCGUGAGAGAGUCGACGGAAAGAGGAAAGAAAGAAGCUGGUUUGAAAGGCAACGUGGAUGUGCCAAGGAUGUACCAGAUGCGGGACGAUUUAUUGGAAAAUUCACUGUCAAAGGUAGCCUCUCUUGACGCAUUGUUGGGACCUAACUGCUCUCACGUAUCUAAGUCAUCGCCGCAACAUGUACAGCAGAAACAAGGUCAGAAAAGGCAAAUUCAGCAAGCGUCGGCUGACAUACGGUCCUCGAUAACGUCCGAGUUGGGGUCUUCAGCCAAUAACCGGACUUCUGGUGUUUUCAACUUUGGUUAUCAGUUUGGAGACAUCUUGGAUUGGAGCUAUUUCUGUGGGACUAUCCCCCGAAGUGUGUCCCUUGGGACCUUGGGUCUGAGCGAAGGCGCUUUGGCCCCACCAAUCUCACCCAGUGAAGGACUAAGAGCACCAGGAUCGGAGACAUUUUCUUCAGCACAGAGUGGUACAAGGAGUUGGAUGCGAGAGAACACUGAGAGCCAAAUGAGUGUGCAAUCGUCCACUUCGUUUUCCCUUGCUGUACCUCUCUGGGUAAUGAACCGUGUCAACACCGCUGUAAUCCUGUCACCCUCUCCGCAUAACAUUUCAGCGCGGUUAACGGUCUUGCCGGGCAAUCAAGUGGUAGAGAUUCCGAAAUUCUGGCCAUCUUUAGGAAAAGGGCAAGCACAGGCAACCGAACAGCUCAAAUUCGAUGAGGUCAUUCGUGUUAGCUCAGAUCAAAAGUCUGGUUUCGGCGAAUGCAGGCGUCUCAGUGGACUUUUCCAAUUGUUCGUCUCAGGUCACAGCACAGUGGUGAUAUUGGGUUGUAACACCUUCUCAUGGAGCCUUACGGAAGAACUUAUUAUGUAUUCUAUACGCACUGUAUUGGCACGGGUUGAGAAGGAAGAGGAAGCGAAGACCAUUGCAUCGUUUGAUAUUACCCUUCGAAUCUGCUCCGUGAAAUCAUCUGAAAACAAGGCAUGCGAUUUGCUAAGCUCUGCAACAGAGUUUAAGGAAAUUACCAUUGCUCGGAGCCACCUUUACGGUCUUUGUCCGAUUGGUAUGGAAGAAGUUGACGUGGUGAAACGACUGCCAACGCUCGCGCAGCAAAUUACAGAUGCAUAUGCCAGGAGUUCUAGGGAGCGAGGUGUCAACAUGGUUGUGGCUGCAGUGGGACUUAAGCAGGUGCAGAACACGGCACGAGUAUCUGUUCUUCUCUCUUCCCUGCAACUUAUUAUCCUCAGUGAUCCAGCGUCGCUCGUCCGGGGGGGCUCCGCGACCAGUAGUAUCUCUACGAUUGUACAGCGUUCCCUCAGCGGACCGUCCGCAACGCUUCUUAUCGGCCACAUCACUGGGAUGCCGGGGCAUAAAGAGUGGCUCCGCUUGAUUUCAGAGAAGGGAGAGGCCACAGUGCCGUCGCCCCAACGCUUCACACUGGACGAACUGCUUCGCGAAACAGUGGUGCCGGAGCAACCGAAGAAUCGUGGUGAGAACAGUUUUUCUAACAGAGAGUCAGGGAUCCGCGGGAGGGAAGAGUCUGGAAAUCCUUUCGAGGGUCGCACCAGGCGCCGCAGCUCCGUUUCCUUCAGGGAAAUGGAGAGCUUCCCCUUAUCCGAGGGCUCAAGCGGGAGAUCCCAACAGUCAGAGAGCUUUCGUCGUGGGUCUCGCGAAGAAGGACACCGCCAUAAAGAAAAGUCAAAAAAAAGCAAGACAUCCAAGCACGAUAAGAAGAAAAAGCGGGAAGAGCAAAAAGAGCCACAGAAAGAAGAUGUGGAGGAACAGCAGAGGAAGUGUUUACAGGGAAAUGAAAAUAUUUCACCUCUGUCUACAGCGCCCCGGGUAGAACAGCGUCGCCUGUCUGAAAAGGGUGAUGUGUCUACGAAGAGAGUGCCACAGGUCGAUGUCCCGAAGCCUUUCAAGGAGAAUCCAGGCAAGUGUCAUCAUCGCCUCCACAAUGAGACUGCCCCGCCUGCGGGGGAGAAAUCAGCGCUGCAGUAUUCAGUGCCGUUGAAUAAUGCACAUCGCAGACACGAUCGAUCAUCCAUGACUGAUGAGAAUAGGUUAUCGCCGAGCAGUGCGGCGAAGGACGGCGUCCCUGGCGUGCGUGGUCAAGUAGACACUGCUGCACACAAUGAGUCAUGUCCCCCCCGAGCGGAACAGAGAACCCAACCAAGCAGGCAGUACCGGGUAGCAUCGACUGUAGACACUAACGUCUCGCUUCCUCCGACUUCAGGAGCAACUAAAGAUCAAAAGAGGGCUAACAAGGUGCGCACAAUGUUGGUGCUGACAAAUGAAUCUAUGCGGUCAAACCCCAUCUCUACUGAUUCGGCAGGGAAUGUCAGUGUUAGACUGAGCCGUGGUGCAAAUCCCAUCGUAUUGUUUACCGCGGAUGAAGUGCUGCCCUCCUUUAUGGCCAAGGAUCUGGCCCAGUCAAAAGAAAUAAAGGAAUUGGUACGUUUGUUUGCCACAGGGCACAAUACGGCACUAUUGUGUAAUACAGUUCACUCAUUUGGUGAUCAAGGGUCUGGCUUUGUAGCGAUGCCAGAGUGGUUCACGAUCGCCGAGGAGAUCGAGGCUUUGCUUGACAAGGAACUGAUACCGAAAGGAUGCUAUCGUGAGGUGCAUUUUAGCAUGUGUGUUAUUGAGGGCCAAAAGGUUGUUCGGGAUAUCCUUCGGCGGAGGGAUGAUAAUGAUAGUGAUGAGCCGCUGACACUUUGCUAUUCACCUCUCCUCGGAAUCAACGUGAGCGGCGCUGCAUGUAUGAAGGUGAAAGAGUCACGAUAUGUGCAGCGGCUGCGUGCCGCCGUUAAUAGUGCCACUGAGUUCAUGCGAUCUGAAGGAAAUAGUGGUGAGGGAAAAUUGCUUUUGGCUAGUAUUGUCCUCGAACAGGUUGAUGGCCUUGCCGCCGAUGGAAGAUCAACGGCGGGAGAUGCUGUUUUGAGUGGCCUCCUCGUUGCGAGUAGUUUUUCCUCUAGUGAUGUGGGAAGUACCAGAGCUUUUGACCUACACGAGCUGCCCGCAAACCCCUACAUUGCCGUGGGAACAGGGCAGCCAAACCCCUUGUUUCGCUUCGCCCUUGGUGGCCCGUGCCACACGCUGAGCUGCGUCACCGUUGGGGGCAACACAUGCGGUUCGAGUGUGUUAGCCAUUCUGCGCACACAGCGGGCAAUCAACGCCAUAAUGAAUGCAACUCCUGUGCGCGGUAGUGUCCGCCAGUUUCUGGAGCGUAGCGAGGAGGAGUACAGGCAGAUGCAAAAGCUCAAUGAAAACAUACAGAGGGGUAGUGAGAGCGCAACGGCAAUUUCAAUGAAGAUGGAACGGCUGAAGCUGUUCAUCGAGGACUACACGAAUCUUUUGAAUGACCCGAUGAACGAAGAUCCGACUUAUAUUCCAGGGGAGCAUUCAAUGAGUAACUAA